UUAGAGCGCGGGUGUUGCUCUUAAGCUGCCGUCGCCGAACAGCCUUUUUGUGCAUUGUGUCCGCAGGUUUCGGACUGGUGGUACCGUCCGGACAUCUCCGCUCACCAACACAGAGCUAAUACGGUCCUUGGUGAUGCUGUUACUGCCCGCAAUUCCGUCUGUCCACAAUGGAAGUUUGAGACGUCUCUAACAGGAGUGACUGAGGAAGAAUGGCCAACACGGCGCACCUUGUUCGCCGGCAGAGCUCACAGAACUUAAACCCACAGCGAUCGCUGGACCGUCUGGAGAUGAAGGAGCUCCGUGGGCGACUUGUCGUGGAGAACGGCAACUCUAACCUGUCCCACAACUAUGGCGCCACCAAUGUAGCUUUUGACGACACCAGUCCAAACACCAAGACAGGGAAAGUCGGCGGCGGCAGUAAACUAGGUUCUGGCGAGGGUAAACAGGUGUUCAGGCCUGAAGGUGGCGAAGAAGAAAGAGAAUCAUGGGACAGCAAACUCACCUUCCUAUUGGCUACCAUUGGUUAUGCAGUUGGUCUUGGCAAUGUCUGGCGUUUCCCAUAUUUGGCCCAGAAGAAUGGUGGUGGUGCAUUUCUGAUCCCAUACUUCGUCAUGUUGGCGAUCGAGGGUAUUCCCAUCUUUUACCUGGAGUUAGCAAUUGGUCAGCGACUGAGAAAAGGUGCCAUUGGGGUAUGGAAUCAAGUCUCACCUUACCUUGGUGGUAUUGGCAUCAGUAGUGCUGUGGUAUCCUUCAAUGUGGCUCUGUACUACAAUACCAUCAUAGCUUGGUGCCUCUUCUACUUCGUCCAGAGUUUCCAGUCUGAACUGCCAUGGGCAUCAUGCCCUAACAGGUACCAUGCCAAUGGAUCAUAUACUGUGGAACCAGAGUGUGUGACAAGCACCCCAACUCAGUACUUUUGGUAUCGGACUACUUUAAUGGUUUCUGAGGAUAUCAACAGUCCAGAAGCUUUCAAUUGGAAGAUUGCACUUGCUCUUGUGGUUGCAUGGGUCCUGGUUUACAUGUGCAUGAUCAAAGGGAUUGCCUCUUCUGGAAAGGUUGUAUAUGUGACUGCAACCUUUCCAUAUAUUGUGCUUAUCAUCUUUUUCUUCCGAGGGGUUACACUGAAAGGGAUGUCAGAUGGGUUACGACAUUUGUUCACACCAAAGUGGUGGACACUGACUGAUCCUGUCGUGUGGCUGGAGGCAGGGACACAGAUCUUCUUCUCAUUGGGUCUUGCUUUUGGUGGCCUUAUUGCCUUCUCAUCAUACAACCCUGUUAACAACAACUGUUACCGGGAUGCCAUCAUGGUGUCCCUUACCAACUGCUUCACAUCCAUGUUUGCUGGCAUUGUUGUCUUCUCUGUCAUAGGAUUCAAAGCAACUAUGAUCUAUGAACGUUGCCUGGAAGAAAGAAAUUCAAUCUUAGCCUCUCUGGCCUUCAACCCUCUUGAACUAGCUUCUCUCCCACCUGAAGGCACCAUCAUCAAUGUGGGGACAAAUGGAACACAAGUCAUGCCACCUAUCCCUGAGUGUGACUUGGAGAAGGAGCUGGACAAUUCAGCCUCUGGAACUGGCCUCGCAUUCAUAAUCUUCACAGAAGCAAUCAACCAGUUCCCAGGUGCACAAUUCUGGUCCAUUUUGUUUUUCCUGAUGCUCUUCACUCUUGGGAUUGACUCCCAGUUUGGGACAUUAGAAGGAGUUGUGACAUCCAUAGUGGAUAUGAAGCUGUUUCCUAAUCUUCGGAAAGAAAUACUCACAGGAGUAUUAUGUCUGGUUUGCUGCACCAUCUCAAUGGCCUUUGCACAUGGAGCUGGGAAUUAUGUCUUCAUCUUAUUUGACAACUUCAGUGGCAAUUUCCCACUGCUCAUCAUUGCAUUUUUUGAGUGUGUUGGAGUCUCAUAUGUGUAUGGACUGAAACGAUUCGCUGAUGAUAUUGAAUUGAUGACGGGGCGACGGCCAGGUCUCUACUGGCUUAUCUGCUGGAAGUAUUUGUCACCUCUAGCCAUGCUGUCCAUCUUAGUGGCAAGCUUUGUGGAGAUAAUUAUGGAUGGCAGUGGCUACCCGGCUUGGGUGUCCAGCAAGGGCAUCACCGAGCGACAUGAAUGGCCCCUGUGGGCUCUCAUUUUGAUAGCAUUUUUGAUUCUCAUAUCCGUACUCUGGAUCCCUGUAGUGGGAAUAUGCAGGGCCUUUGGGAUAUUGAUCAUUGAAGACAACGAUAAAGCCUGGUUUCCAAGUGAGGACCUGCGGGAAUUUCACGGAAUUGUUCCCCAUCAGGUGACGACAGCUGAAAAGACACUCUUUUGCAUCCGAGAAGAUGGAACCGAAGGGCUUUGUUGCCCUACUGGAGAUGUUGAUGAGGAUGACACCUAGUGUCACAUUGUAGAAGUUCUAUUUCAGCCUGCCAGAAUACCCAGUUUUCCUUGGUAAUAUGCAGCAGAAACACUGUGUAAUUAGCUGUAAGGUAAAUUAAAUUGUAAAUACAUGUUGGAAGAUAAUUAAGUCUUCAUAAAUCAGAACUAACUUAUAAUAUAUUGCUAGAGAAAAGGUAACAAAUUUGAAACAGUCAGACAUAUGCAUUUCAUUUCUCUAGACAUAUAUUAUAAUCAUAUAUUUUAUUUAGAAUAUUACUUACAAGGAGCCGUCCAUAAGUUACAAUAACUGAGUACAUUUUCAGUGGUGAGAAUAAGCAAGCAAAUAUAUAAAAUAAUAUUAUUACAUUAUUACAUUACUUUACAUUAAUAUUACCAUUAUAAAAUUGAAAUUCUUUCAACGCUAUAUAGUCUACCUACUGACAGCAAUGUAAAAUGAACCACAAACUACACAAAAUGGAAAGUCCUCAACAGAAGUUCUGUUGUUACAUAUAUACAUACCGCUACCUGGCCUAAUAGUGUUUAAGAAUUACUUGUCAAUUCAUGUAUUGUAUCACAAAGAAUAUCACAUUAAGCAAUAAAAUACAUGGAAAACUUGCAUUUUUGGCUACUGUCCCACUUGAGGAAUGGAAUUACAUGCAUGAACUGUAUUAUUUUCAUUUUACUGUAUCUGUCUGUGAUUUAUGGACAGCUCCCACAGUAAUUGUUAAUGAAUCCUUAAACUGUGACAAGCAGAAAUCCGAGCGAAAUUAAGGAACUAGAUUAGUUGUGAAUUAUUAAGUAAUAAUAAAGACGCUCGAUAAUGCAGCAAUACUCAAAACACUAUCAAGAAUAUUAAUCUCUGUGACAACAUAUCUCUGUAAAUAACUACAAAGGCCCUGAGGGUAGGUACAAGUAAAGUGUUGUAGUUCAGGGAUGUCCAACUGGUGGCCAUGAGAAAAUUACGUGAAAUUUAAAAUUAGUUGAAUGAUUUAGAUCUGUAAAUUAUAUGAACUAAUUUAUGCUUUAGUUCCAAUUAAUAAAUUAUGAUAUUAUAUUGUAUAUUUUAAAAUUAUAGAUAAUUGAAACACAAUUUCAUAUUAUUUAAAAUGUGUAGGCAUGUAUUGUUCGUUUUGUUGGUUGGAACAUUUCUGUGUACAAAAUAUCUCUAUUUACAUAUGCAUUAAAAGACAGGAAUAUGCAAUUAAGAACCAAACAAUACUCAGAAUGAACAAUACCCUCAGUGACAAGGAAAAUAAUGAAUAAACCCAUGUGAAUUAAUCACCCACUAAUUAAAAUAGCAAGUAAGGAACCUCAUAUCACUACAACUUAUAAAAUAUUUAUUUAUAAUAUAUGAUGUUGAACUAUGUAACUGGCCCUUCAUUGAGAUGAGGUUGGACAACCCUCUUGUAGACAAUUGAGGCUGUUUACAGUACAGUGUACUAGAAGUUGCUGUAGCUUGAAUAAUUUGAGGAGUCCAGCACAUUGAUCCAUAAACAGCCUAUAUUUUGUACCAGUGUUUGUUGGUGAUGACAUGUUUACACAUGUCUUGAAACUGGAACCCAUGCAUGGAUCACAGUGUGCAGAAGUCUGUCUUUUUAUAUUGUACACAGCAAUUCUUCAUCAACUUUUGGGGUUAUGUUCCUGAAAAACAUUACAUCUGGUAAGACCAAUAUUAUAUUGGGACACUGGGGUGAGGUGGGAGACUAUUGCUGCUGUUAGCAUUCAUUAAAGCCUAACUAAGUUACCUGUUCUCUCACUAAACCCACAAAAAUACUGGACAUAUAAACAUGUGUGAAAAUAAAAAAUGUUAGAAAAUGAUGCACUGUAGUAAUAAUUUGGGAUGUAUAAAACUGAUUUUAGAUAUUAUUACAGCGCUAUGUCUAACAAAUGCGAAUCUCUUGAUGUGGAAGUCACAAAUUCUUUUCUGUAUUUACUAAAAUUAAGAACUGAAGGUACAGAAGACAAAAAAAAGUGGUGAGAAAAACUGUGUACAAAUGGAAACCCAUAUAUGCUUGAAAGCUGAAACUGGCAAAACUGUGUGGUUGUCGAGGGAUUGCUGUUCUUUUCAAACAGGCACUAUUAUUGCUUGAGGCAAGUAUGUGUCUCACCGUUAUCCAGAAAUAUUUGGCUAUUCAAAAGUUGCCAACAUUUGUUGUGAUAUUUUAUUAUAUUUUAAAAUCUCUUUUAAUGUGAUAUUUCAGGAAAAAAUGUUUUAAUUUUUAUAUUAUAGUGAUUGACAAUAAUGAUUCCUUCAUAUGUGAUCUUUUUACACAAGGGUAAUACUUCAUGGGUCUUCUUUUGCUAGUUUAUUGCUGUCCUCCAAUCAUAAGCUAUUUUAUUGCUAGAUCAUAUAUAUAAAUGUUUAUUAUUAUGGAUGAAGACAUUUCUUCUGUAACUCCUACAAUCCUGUGAAAGUUGAAAGGCCUUUAGUCCCAAGUUUUAACAUUCUGAGAUUUACGCACAACUUCAUAUAGGAACUGUAUAUUAUGUAUAUUGUCACUGAUAAACAUGCAUUCUUUAAUGGAGAAAAAUAAUGGAUUAAGAUUGGCAACAAAGAAAAUCACCCUGCUUAUAUAUAUAUGAAUUGAAGCUUUCACACUGACCAGAUUAAAAUUUGCUUAGUGAGGGGUUGGAGUCCAACUGGGUC